GUCGGGCUGUGUUUGACGUUGAUGUUUGUGGUGGUCUGGGGAGGCAGGUAGGUGCAUGGGUUCGUGCGAGUCGCGAAUUUGGCCGACCGAGGGACGGGGCAGCAGGCUGGGCACGGCCUGGACCUAGUGUGAAGCAGCAGCAGAUUGAUCUUAUCAGAUCCAGAGAUAAUCACCGAUGUCGCCCGAAACGGAGACGUUACUGUGGUGCGGCCCCACAACUGGAGCAGCGCCGUCUCUCUUGUCGCCACCCCCCCGGCCCCGUUGCAGGCACCUAGGCAUUCGAUGGGGCGGUAAAGUUUCGCUAGCGGGCUCUGGCUGGGUCCUUUCGGGUCGGCCAGUGGAUGACGAUGCGCACUCUCUGUUUUUUUGAUGGCAGCGUGCGUGUUGGUGGUGGUCGAGUGGUGCCAUCAAUGCCCGGCCAUCCCAGGUACCAAGUUGAUGGUACGACCGCCGUCCCCUGUUUUGCCUGCUCCUCGGGUUGGCAGGUGCUGUAUUGGUACUUAACCACCGCCCUUCCUCCCCUACCUCAUAGCACGAGCUUCUUGGUGCCUUGCAACGUUUCCUCCUUCUCCCCUUGAUACCCCAUUUUGCAUUUUGCGAUACCCUCUGCACCCUCACAUACAGAUCCUGUUCUUCUGCGGCACUGUGCCAGACACUUGGAGCUGCCCGCUGAGACCCCGGCACUCCACCACCUCCCCUCCUGCCGAGCCGAGCCCCUUCUCUCGUGCUGCUCACCAUCUUCACGCCCAACCAGCAACCCCUCCCCCAGACCAGAUAUGGCACCGCACAGUGAGUACGACGGCCAUGAGCCCAAUGGCAACGGCCUGUCCAACGGCCUGUCCAGCGGCUCCAACGGCUCCAACGGCAACGCCCAUGUCGCCCCCCAGGCUGCUCCGUCGCCAGCGGCGCACAGCUCUUGCCGGAACAGGUCGGCCCAUCUCCAGGCCGCUGAUCUCGAGUCGGUCCACGAUCUCCUCUGCGUUGGCUUCGGCCCGGCCAGCUUGGCCAUUGCUGUUGCCCUCCACGACUCCCUCGAGGCCGGCUCCCUGAAGCACGCCCCCAAUGUCCUCUUCCUGGAGAAGCAGCCCAGGUUCGCCUGGCAUGCCGGCAUGCUGCUCCCUGGCGCCAAGAUGCAGAUCUCCUUCCUCAAGGAUAUGGCCUCCCUGCGCGACCCCAGGUCUCAGUUCACCUUCCUCAACUACGUCCACAGCCAGGGCCGCCUGCUUGACUUCAUCAACCUCGACACCUUCCUGCCCGCCAGGACAGAGUACGAGGACUACCUGCGGUGGUGCGCCAGCCACUUUGACGACGUCGUCAGGUACAACAGCGAGGUCGUGUCCGUCUCGCCUGAUGCCGACUCAGCUGGCGUCAAGACCUUCACAGUGGUCGAGCGUAACGCAAAGACGGGUGCCCUCAGCUCCCACCGCGCUCGCAACGUCAUUCUCGCCGUCGGUGGCCAGGCCUCCAUCCCCAAGCCUCUGCCGGCCAAGAGCCCACGCGUCAUCCACUCGUCCCAGUAUGCAUACACUGUGCCCCAGCUCCUCAGCGACCGCAACGCGCCGGUGAGGGUCGCCGUCAUUGGCGGUGGGCAGAGUGCCGCAGAGAUUUUCAACAACGUGUCCAACAUGUACCCAAAUUCCAAGACCUACAUGAUUAUGAAGUCCGAGUUCAUCAAGCCGAGCGACGACUCUCCAUUCGUCAACUGCAUUUUCAACCCUGACUGGGUCGACAGGCUCUACCCCAAGCCCUCUGAGUACAGGCAGAGUCUGAUCAAGGAGGCCAAGGCCACCAACUACGGCGUUGUCCGACUUGGGCUGAUCGAGACACUAUUUGAGAUGAUGUACGACCAGAAGCGAACGAUCGGUCACGACGAGACCAAAUGGCCUCACCGCAUCAUGGGCGGCAGGCAGGUCGUGGCGGCCGACGAGCAAGGCGACAAGCUGCGCCUCAGCGUGCGCCAGGCAUCAACGUCUGGAGAACUUGCGCUCGAGGCGGACGGCCUUGUCGAGGUCCAAGGAAGCCCCCUUGACUCUGGCGAGGAGAUCCUGGACGUCGACCUUGUCAUUGCGGCAACUGGGUACCAGCGCAAGGCGCACGUCGACAUGCUCAAGGACGCCUGGAACAUGCUGCCGUCGCUCCAGGACGGCGUGGCCAGCCUCAAGCCUCGCUCUGACCAGUGGUCGGUCCAGACUGACGAUGGCGAGAGGCGGGUGAUGGAAGUCUCGCGUGACUACAAGGUCAAGUUCGCGGAUGGCACAGUUGCUCCAGAGUCCGGCAUCUGGCUACAAGGUUGCUGCGAAGGCACCCACGGUCUGAGCGACACUCUGUUGUCUAUUCUUUCCGUGAGGUCUGGUGAGAUUGUAGACGCGAUCUUUGGAAAGUCUGCAUAAAAUCCGUCAAGGAGAUGCACGAUUGCCGGGGAUUCUGGCGCGGGGGGGGGGCUGGCUACCGGCCACGGUUUUAUUGAUAAUUGGGACAGCGUAGAUGAGAUGAUGGGCGAAAACCAAGACAUGGCUGUAUAUAUCGAUAUCUCGGAGUUCAGAGAAGGGUUUGCAUUUCCGCAGUUCAAUUUUAGAAGCAUGGCACACCGGAAAAGGUAGACGAACAUUUGAGUGGAGGAGGGGGCCUCGCAAUUCAGACAUCUUAUGACUCGUUUAAA